UUCCUCAGCUGGUCACGCACCCCGAGUCCGAAUCAAAACAUUAUGCGCCUUCACACUUCUCCGUUUUCCUGUGAGGAGAAUGAUACCUGCCUGGUAUAUACACUGGUGAUCAUCAAAUUACCACCACCCAUUCCCAACCAUAUCCCAUCCCAAUCGCGCAUGCAAGCAGCACCAGAACAACAGCCAAGAAGAUCCCGCGCCGCCGGAGACCCAACAAAACUUCGCUCCGGUGCGGUGGUACAGCAGAGGAGCGCAAUAAUCGUGCAGUUUUGUAAUUCUAUAUCCUUCGCAUCGACUUUCCGACUGAAGCGGAACACGGCACGAUCGACGACCAGCAGGGCAGGGGGGGAAGAAGCACGUUCUCGCUCUCAAACGCGGCAGUGCCAGCCAGUCAGCCAGAUUCGUAGCAACCUUCGUCGAGAGUGGACGUGUUUUCCGUUCGGCUUCACCCGUCGAUUCCAUGUGUUGGGUUCGUUUAUCCGCGCGAUUCUCCUCAGAGGCGGUCAGUCAGUGUGUGUUGUUUUUGAAUUUGGAAAGGUUGAACACCUCCGUGGAGGAAUCUCCUCUGCGCGUUCUGAAAUACUUACAACGUUUCUGUCGUGUGUGCAGUUUCGUCGUGGGAAAUUUAUUUUUAAUUGAGUGUCCUACCCCAGAAGAGUGUUGCCAGCCAGUUCGGGAUGAGGAGAAGAGCAAACACCUGGCACCGGGUGAUGAUGGAUUAUUAAUUGUGCUACAAUGUGUGUCGCGUCAGUUGCUGCAACCAAAAUUGUGGAGGAGACGCAUGGUGCGCUUUCGAAAUGCUAGGCAAGCGAGUGAGUGAGUCAAUGAAGAGAGUAUUUCGCGCCGAUUGGAAGUGAAAUAUGAAUUAAAAAUAGCUGCUCCGGAAAAGUAGCAAGCGGUGCCGUUGGUUUUGGAACCGAAACGAGCGCGAAAAGUGUAUCUACAGUAGCAAAGUAGUGCAUCGAUGAGCAACAAUGUGAAGAGGAGCAGAGGCCAAACAGCGAGCGAGCACAUAACAACACCCGAUCCUAUUCAGCGAGUGAGUGAGUGAGAAAUGGUGAAAUUUGAUACUUUUAAAACGCGAAACCCGCGCACGGUUGGUGGCUCGUACGUGGAGUUCAAAGAUCUCUCGACUCCACGUUGUGACCAAUAAUAAUAAUAAUCAAAGCGGCGACGUGCUGAAACUACUGUGAGAUGGUGUUGUUCGUUUUGGAUGGCGGGUUUUGUAUGCAGCCACAGUGAGUAAAGAAUUGGCACAUUUCGCGCGCGUAACUAAAACGGUUCGUGUAGUGAUCAAUUUUGUCCAGCAUCGCACAAUGCGCUGAGAAUUUGUACACGGGGAAACUGAAAGUUUGCACAAUGUCGGUUACAACGUUGUAAUUGGAGACGGUGGACUUUUUUUUUAUUUGCUGGCAUACCGAUGAUGGAAAAACUGGUAGACCCUCUGGACAUUGAUCUGAAAUAUGUGCAAUAGCCAAAGUGACAACACUGAACGAGCUUUAAUCGUGCGAUUUAAAACUCAUUUAGCACUAAUCGAUAAUUGGAAGUAGUCACAUUGAUCAGUCUAGUCAAACGGAACUUGAUAAGAUCCCUGGCAAAUGAAAACAGAAGAAAUAAUCGCCCUUCUUCGUCCGACUACUGCGCGCAAUAACGAUCGUAUCUCAUAAAUCAACCGUUCGUCUAUCAGCUUUGUAUCAGUGUACGGUCAACCAGCAACCUAAUAUAUAAAAAGAAAACUUCGAAACGAAAAUAUGCAGAUCAUAUGUGAAAGAUACUAGAAGCCAGUCGCCGUCGGUUCAAAUUACCCCCAGUUUCCAAACGACAUUAUUCAAUCGGAUGGAAUUUAAAUUUUGAAAUCAAAGCUGUUACUCGCUCGAUUAGGCCGCGUGGGAUAAAACUGUUCGUUGCUUCCCCUCGCUGGGUUUUGUUUUGAUCCGCGUUGUUCAAUCCCCGGUGAACAAUCAUAAGGGAGGGAUUAGUGACGUCACACCGUCGAUAUUCUGGACUGUAUACAGUGAACCGAGACUAAAAGGGAAAUACCCAACAUUAGUUCGCGCUCUCUUUCUCGUGUCCGCACUUGGUUGCAUGCGAAAAGGAUCCAGUUUCAACGACGGCGACGCGACGACGUGAGAGCGAAAUCGUCACAUUCUGCAAAACCCAACUGGCCGGCGAUGGAUCUAGUGAUGGCCGCAGCUGCAUCAACAACCCCCAGCACACCAUCGGCGGCGGUGGUGGCGGCAUCGAAGAGUUCACCUCCACCACCCCACCGGAUUAAGGUCAAAAAGGAAAUUUGCACCGAACCGGACAACAUCAAGGACUUUGCCGAGACGGCCAUGAACGACAUUCUCGGCUGGUAUGGCUACGGGGACAGCGUGGAUCAUCGUAUCGAUAUCAGCACGGCUCCUCCGCCUUCCCGCUCGAAUGCAGCAGCAGCAGCAGCAGGUGACUCUGGCAACAACCAGCGCAGCAACAACGGUAGCAAGGACAGCAGCAGCUCGUCAUCAUCAUCCACCCUGACUACGACGUCGGUGGGGGCGAUGGGUGCAGCGACGACGACGACGAAAUCGAAGCACAGCAAGACACAACAGCACAAGCCCAGGCAAUUCAAUAUGCUGCAGCAUAAUUCCAGUGAGAUAAGUGAUAGCAUUAUUGCAUCGGCGGCGGCAGCAGCGGCAGUCGUCGUCGCAUCAGGUGUAGUUUCACCAUCGUCGUCGUUAGGAAAGCCUACCAGUAGCACGAGCAACAAUAAUAAUAAUAAGGCCACUACCAACAGUAGCAGCGGGAAUAGUAACAGCAACAACACCCGAAACGGUGUUAAUUUACAUCACCGGGCUGAAAGUUCCACAUCCGAGAAGGAUAGCUCCCGGGAGAGUUCGAAAAGUCCACUGCUGGUGAAGAUGCUGGACAAGCAAGGUGAGAUUUGAUGAGCCGUUCUUCUUGCUGGGUCAUGCUGAAUAUGGGGAAAUGUGCAGUAGCUAACCCCAGUAACCCCCUCUUAAUAUUCACAAAAAUGGAAGUCUUUCAAAAACUGUGAUUUGAUCCUAAGUUUGUUAAAAGUUUCAAAUAAUCUUUAUGGGGGACAUGCUCCGCCUUUAUUCUCAAACGAAUAGCAAUGGAAACGCAUGGUUUGUUACUUCACUGGGCAGGCCCGUGCACAGAAGUGGCGCCAAGGGAGGGGUUUUUGCCAAUUUCGACACAAGGCGGGGAGGUGGGGUUCACCUAGUGUAUGAAGUGUCGGUUUCCUUUAACUAAGAUGGGUUGUAAAAUG